AUGAGCUUGUUGAGCGGCUAUAAGAAAAAGACCAGUUAUGAUGGCUAUGAAUCUUUGCAGUUGGUCGAUAGCGGCGGGGAUAGCUUCAAUUUCGGAGGGCGAGGUAGCAGCAGCCACACAAUCGGCAGCUCGUUAGCAGCUAGCCUCGGACCGAAGGGGAGCCCGCUCCGGGAGCACGACUGCAGCACCAUGGACAGCUCAGAUAUGGAGGCCAACUAUGGUGGCGGCCUGCUGGACAUGGUGAAGGGCGGCGCCGGGAAGUUCUUUAGCAACUUCAAGGACAACCUGAAGGACACACUUAAGGACACCUCCACCAAGGUCAUGCACCAGGUUGCCACGUACACAAAAGGGGAGCUGGAUAUUGCUUACAUCACGUCACGAAUUAUAGUGAUGACCUACCCAGCCGAGUCGGCACAAAUUGGCUAUCAGAACCACGUGGAAGACAUCCGCUCCUUCUUAGACAGUCGCCAUGCCGACCACUACACAGUCUUCAACCUAUCACAGCGUAACUACCGUGGAGCCAAGUUCUCCAACCGGGUUUCAGAGUGCAACUGGCCUUCCAGGCAGGCACCAAGCCUACACAACCUGUUUGCUGUGUGUAAAAACAUGCACAACUGGCUCAAGCAGAACCCCAAGAACGUGUGUGUCAUCACCUGCUCGGACGGUCACGCCCCCUCCGGCGUGCUGGUGGGUGCCAUGUUCUGCUUCUGUCACCUCUUCGCUAACCCGGUGCCCGCCAUGCAGCUCCUCAGCGCCAAGAGGCCAGGCUCUGGACUCUGGCCAUCCCACCGCAGGUACAUCGGCUACGUGUGUAGCAUGGUGUCGGAGAGGCCCAGUCUGCCGCACUCCAAGCCCCUGGUGAUCAAGACCCUGACAAUGAGCCCCGUGCCCUGCUUCAACAAGCAGCGCAGCGGCUGCAGGCCCUUCUGUGACGUCCUUAUCGGAGAGACCAGGAUCUUCAGCACAGCGCAGGACUAUGAGAGGAUGAGGGAAUACCGUGUGCAGGACGGGAAGGUGAUGUUCCCCCUGGGCGUGAGUGCCCAGGGGGACGUGGUGAUCUCCCUCUACCAUAUGAGGUCCACCAUCGGGGGCCGCCUGCAGGCCAAGGUGUCCAACACCCAGAUAUUCCAGAUGCAGUUCCACACUGGCUUCAUAGAACCCGGCAGCACCAUGUUGAAGUUCAACAAACCAGAGCUGGAUGCGUGCGAUGCUCCUGAAAAGUACCCAGAGUUGUUCAGCAUCAUGGUGGAGGUGGAGGUGGAGGCCACAGACAAGCAGAAGGACCUCACCCCGCCCUGGGAGCAGUUCCCCUGUAAAGACCUUGGCCCAAACGUCCUCUUCACCUGUCACCAGGAGCACCAGGACGCCCUUGCUAUAGCUGAGCCUAGCCGGCCCCCCGGCGGUCCGGAGGGCCGGGGCCACGGGGAGGAGAGCGAACCCUCGGACGAUGAGAUCCUCUCUCUCUCCAGCCAUCAGAGCAUCACCAGCACCACCGCCGCAGCAAAACCCUCCUCCACCACCUCCGCUGCCACCUCGGUGGAGGCCGACCUCCUGGGUCUCGGCGGGGCGGCCAUGGACCCGGCCGGGCAGCCGUCUCACGCCGCCUCCGUUGCUAACAACAACACCAACACCACUACUGGUGCCGCCGCUACCACAGACCUGCUGGGGGACCUGUUUGGGACCCAGUCCUCGCCGGCCAGUGCAGCCUCCUCUGCCAAGUCCACGCCGCACAAAGUGGCAGCAAGCGGGGCCUCUCCCUGCCCCUCGCCCGCACCAGCAGCGUUCAACCCGUUCGGAGCCGCCCCCACACCAAAGCCCCUGGAGCUGAUGGGCUCCAUCAUGGGACCAGGCCGAGGUUCCCCAGUUCCACCCACCACCCCUACUGUCAACGUCCAGCAGCAGAACGCCAUGGGAGGUUGGGACUGGAACAGACCGGCAGGCGCAGCAGGCUUUGGCGUGGGCAGUCGCUCGGCAACAAGCAGUCCCACAGGCUCCGUCCACAGCACCCCGACCCACCAGUCCAAGCCAAACACGCUGGACCCUUUUGCUGACCUCGGCAGCCUCGGAGGCGAUUUUGGGAGCUCCGGCUUUUCCAGUAAGCCCACCACCCCAACGGGCACCACCCCGGUCUUCCCACCCAUGGGCUCCCCCUCCAGGCCCCCCCCCUCCCCGCAGCAUGUUGGGGGCUGGCCGACACACGCCGGGGUUGUGGGCUUCCCCUCUUGGCAGCCUGGUAGUGCUGGUGCUGGUACUGGUGGGUGGCCGCACCCGGGUCCAAGCCCACAGUCCAAGCCCAGCCCCAGCCACACCCCCAUAGCCCACGGCUCUCCCCAGAACAGACCCAACUACAACGUCCACUUCAAUCCGAUGGGCGGAGGCUCCCCAGGUGCUGUGGGGCAGAAGGCCUCGGCUGGGAUGCCUCCUAGACCAAAGGUGUCAAAUGCCAACUUUGAUGACCUGCUGUCUGGUCAGGGCUUCUGCGGGACCAAGGAGAAGAAGGGACCCAGGACAAUAGCUGAGAUGAGGAAGGAGGAGAUGGCCAAAGAGAUGGACCCUGAGAAGCUCAAGAUCCUUGACUGGAUCGAGGGUAAGGAACGCAACAUCCGCGCGCUGCUGUCCACCAUGCACACGGUGCUGUGGGAGGGGGAGACGCGCUGGAGGCCCGUUGGCAUGGCUGACUUGGUGACCCCCGAGCAGGUGAAGAAGGUGUACCGCAAGGCCGUUCUCGUGGUCCAUCCGGAUAAGGCCACUGACCAGCCCUACGAACAAUAUGCCAAGAUGAUUUUCAUGGAGCUCAAUGACGCCUGGUCAGAAUUUGAUAGCCAAGGACAAAAGCCUCUCUACUGA